AUGGACGCCGCGAGCAAUCACGCCACAUCGCCAGACCCUCAUCCUACCGCGGGCAGUCCGCAUCAGAAGAUUCCGACACCAGUUCAAGAACAGGAUCAGAGGAAGAGUCCUGAGACCAAAUCACGUCAAGGACCUGGCAAUGGUGCAGACCAACUCCCGAAAGGUGACUCUGUUCCUAUCACAGUCAACGGCAACGAGAUUCUGACUUCUGAAGAAGAGCCGAAUCCAAGCGCAAAACCGCAAUUCAUGGUCAAGCUGAAGUACAGUACCAAGAUUCCUGUGACUUCUCCGCAAGGUCACCGAAACAUCAGUAAUGCCUCUUCUACUUCCCCGGACUUGCGCGCAACUCCGGAUGAAUCAGCUGAGCCAUCCAUCGAAAUCGCCAUUGUCAAGCAGGAAGUCGAAGACCAUGAAGCUACCGCACCUGGAAGUCCAAACUCGACCUCGCCACAAGUCAAGAUCGAGAAACAGAGCGAUGAUCAAGACUCAGCCCUGAAGCCCCUGAAUGAGCCCACGGGAAGUUCGGGUCAGUCCAUCAUGGUCAAGGACGAGCCUGAGCACGGUGCACAUGAAAAUGUCGACGAUCGAAGUCAGGACCUGAUUAGGGAUGCUAUGAGCAUUGAUGGUCAACUUGGCGACGAGUCAAUACAGGUCUCGAUCGAACAUGACACUUCUGGCAAGUCCUCGGAUGCUCUCGGUAUCCAGGCUGCUACAUCUGAACCCGAGAACUUGAAGGGGGCUGCGGCCGUGGAGGUGCAAGGUGUCGAUGACGUCAACGGCGGCUAUCAGCAGAGCGCAAACGGACCAUCGAUCGCACCUGAUAACGACUUGUCGUUUGUCGCCGACACCAACAUGUCUUACCCCUUCGAUGUAGACGAGUGGGCCUCCAACGCCGCGAACCAAGCCGAGGCGGACGCAGCCAGCGGAGCCCGACAACACCAACAUUAUCAACCGAUCGACCAUCAGGCCAUGUCAUCCGAUUUCACAUAUGGCACGACCCGGAUGCGGCCAGAAGAUCCAAUUGAUCAAGAAUCUCUGGCCUUUCUUAGUGGCGAAGCUGAAGCUGGGGUACCGUGGAGUCAACGUCAACACGUAUUUACGGAUCCAAUUCGCUUCACCAAGUCUAGUUCACCCUCUUCUGGAAGCGCACGUGCACUUAACCCGGCUGCCAUCUUGAAAGGUCUUGCGCAGUACGGAACACAUUCACCUCGUCAUGGGUCGCAACAGCCCGCUAGUCAAAACCGCCAACGCGAUCUCGACUCUAGCUUGAAGCGCCAACAAGAGCUUAAGGUGCAGGUUGAGGAGAAACAAAGACAGUUGGAUCAGUUCAUGAAGAUGCAAGCGGGGCCUCAGCGAUCGACUCGGCAGGUACCUUACGAAUCUGCCCAUUAUCAUGGCCAACCAGCUGCUGUACCUGCGUUCCUCACUGGCCCAAUGAGCUAUCAACGUGCUUCAUCGAGGGGCUAUCAGCAGAUGGAUUACGGACAGAACAGCUCGGAUAACUGGAUACCAGAACAACGUACUCCCCAGGUCACCCAAAAGGUACGAAAGCAAGUCUUCGGUGAACACGACUGUGGCGAUGAAGGCAAUGCUUCCGAUGACGAUGAGCCGCUUCGGACGCGGGUGGAGCGUCACCCAUCAGUCACUAGCCUGAAUGACGACUCAAGCGUCGAGUUCGUCGCGAGUAAUUCCAAACCCAAAAGCAGUGGACCUAUUGUCGACCGGAAGGUAGUGCGCAUGCCACGCCCUCUUCCUCAGCCUGCUUCCCCCUCUCCCACACCCACGGAGAACGCGCCACCUUCCUCCGACGACAUCCAAGAAAUUGAUUGGACGCUUCCCCGAUAUGAAAUGCAACGCCAGCCUCUCGAGAAAGGCGAAGAGAUUCCUAGCGCAAAGGUCUCACUCCCUGGUAUGGUCCGCGAAGAAGUUCUCCUCUCCCCAGACCACGCAGACGAAGAAGCCCGCCUACUGAUCGAUGUCUUCAUCCCCGGUCAGCAAGCCAUGUCAUCACCAGACCCAGAGCCCGCCGUCGCUCUUCUGAACUUCCACACUAUCACUCUCAUGGUCAUAGAAGCGUACGUUCAGUUCGAAAUCGGCGACGAGUUCGGCAUGGGGCGCGGCCACUUCCACCAAGAUCACAACCGUGGCGAAGAGGACUACGAGCGCAUGCGCGACGCCGUCGACGCCGACACUAACGAGAUCUUCUUUGCCGUCGUAGACCGAUACCGAGCAGGAUUGGAGAGCAAGAAGAAGCCGCUACAGCUCAUCCGGGGUACGCAAGAGUUCUGUGACGUGGCGCUUGAUGUGAUCUAUUACAUCAAGCAACAUGGACUGCUGAAGCCAGAACCUAAGGCCAAGAAGGUUAGGGCUGAUAAGGGAACUAAGCGGGGGCCUCAGGCGAAGACUGCGGCAGCUGAAACUGCGGCGAAGGGUAAGGGCAAGGGAACUAAGCGGGGUACGGCGGCCAAGCCGAAUGAGGUGCAGCCUAGGAAGAGGGUGAAGACUGCGCCCGCGGUCGAGGUCAAGAAGAAGAAGAGGAGUAAGCCGGAGCCGGCUCUUACGGUUAUAAAGAAGUGA